AUGAGAAGUAGACCGAGGCCGUUCAGCGCAUGCCGUCCUUCUAGCGCUGCCCGCCCGCAGAGCGCGUGUGCUAAGUCUUACUUCAACAAGGUCACCAGGGUCCCAGAUAUGAGUUUCGAGCGAGUGCCAGGUAUUGAUCGUAUUUACUGCAUUCUUGUACCAUUAUUCCACCCCCUUCUCUUCUCAAUCUGUUAUCUCGCGUUUGUUAUGGGAUUGACGUCUGUGUCAGAUGAUGUUGUCUCGGAAGCGAGCACACGACGAAAGAGUCCGAGUGAGCAUGUAAGUUCUAUGCAUGAUGGAAAUAUGAUGCCAGAAGACAAGCACAAUCAGGGAGUCUUUGUCAGAAGGUUCUUAACGAAAGGAAUGCUCGUCGUUGGCAGCAAUUUCAACCAAAGAAGUCGGCUACUGUCUCAUUUCAGCGUUGCGAUGAACCAAAAACCCGAUGAGCCAGGAAGUUACAUGAGAAUGUAUUAUUCCGAUUACCUUGAAACUGAACCCGCAAAACUUGAGCUCGAAGAAGAGAAUGGAGCCUGCGACAUCGAGCUGCUCUCAGAAUGGCUCCUAUCAGCAAUCCCCAAGACCAGGGUCGAUGCGUAUCCCAUGCUCCUCUUGUUGAAGGACGUGUUCCGCCGGUUUGUCAAGAAGGAGUCAAGAAUUAUCUCGAAGCAGAUCGACGAGCUGCAACGGCAACUUGAACUCACCAGGAUUUCCCUCGCGAGGAAAGAGGAGGAAAACGAGUCUCUGAGAGAGAACUUGUCUAAGUCAGAAGGAGAAGUUGCAAGAUUGACUGGCAUCUCUAGCGAAUAUCAAAACCUCAAGACAAUCUUCGAGCAGAGCGAAAACUUGCGGAAACAAAGAGAAAAUGAGCUGAAGGAGCUGCAGGAGCAGAUGGCCAAGGAACAACAGGUCUUGAUGCAAAAGGCGGAGGACAAGCAGCGGGAGAUGAAGGCAUUCCAUGACGCCGACAUGAGGUCACAGGCAAACCGACAUGAUCAACAGAUGCACGAAGUGAUUGCCAGUGCUGAAUCAACAAGCAAAAGACUGAUGGAAGUUGAGCUCCUGAACAAGAACCUGCAGCUGGAGGUGGAGUCCUUGAAGAAGCAGUUGAAUCAAGCUCUGGCCAGUGAUCAUCCCAGCACGGUCACUGAAAGUGAUCCACUCCAAACUUGGCAAAGUCCUGACAGCUUGAAAGCAUUUCUGACGCAUGCAGAGAUAGUCGAUCAGCUCUAUUCUGUCUUCAUAGACAUGUCACAUGCUGGCGAACAAACACAGUCCACAGGCAAGUUCGACAGAGUGAAGCAGGUGGAUUGGGAGGUCGUUGCCCAACAAGCCCAAGGCAAGUUGGCGUCUGACUUCUGGUCCUCUCUUGCGCACAUGAUGGGAAAUCACAUCAAGAAGGUGCCCGGGACGAGCUUCGCUCACUUCUUGCAAGAGCUGGUGUCCCUGCUGGAGAAGAACAUGGAGCGGAUCACGGAGAUGGAAUCGAAGAUCGCAGAGUAUGAAGCCAACGAGGCGCAGAUGAGAGAGGAGAUUUCUCAAUUGAAGAAGAGGGAGGAAGAAUACCAGGAGCGUGCUAAAGCUGAGGAGACCCGGGCUGCGACCCCCGAGCCCGCUGCGGCGACUGAGAUGGUCAGGACUGAGUCCAUGAAGAGGAUGCCGACUGUGAAGGACAACUUACUUCAGAUGAGGCGUGCGAGCUUCAGGAUAGACAACAAGAUCUUCAGGGGAAAGAAGAUCACCGCUGCUCGCUUUGACCAGGUCAUACAGCUGUCUGCAGCCAUCUAUGAAGGCAAGGCGCUGGCUGACACCGUUGACGAUCGUGAACACAAUCAGAGGCAGAGCAUGCCCGAGUACAUCCGAGAGUUCCUGAUCAACAAGUUCGGCCUGCGGAGCAUCGCGCUCACCAACCUGCAGUCGCUGAUCCUGGGGGUCGAGAAGUUCUCGGAGGGGGAGAAUUUCAACCUCAGGGUCAAGACGUUCGGGCUGGUGUCGGGGAUUUUGUACCAUCCCUACUGGCACGAGGACCUCAGUGACUUUGUUGUCGGGGCUCUUGCCUUCCUCUUCAACCUCAACAGUAUCAAGGAGUCACUCGACAAUAUCAGGAACCAGAACCCCUGCAUAGACCCAACGGCAGCCAUGCAGGCGACCAUGAAGGCCUGGCUCAAGUACGGGUUCGGGCAGUUUCCAGAGAAGAUGGAGGAAGAGAUUGGCGAGACCAUCAAGAAGCACGAGGGAGACCUGCCGUUGCACGAGUGGAUGGCGAUGAUGACGCAGGUGUGGCUGCAGAAGUCGGAGGAGCACGACAGGUUCCUGAGGGGUAAGUUCGAGGAGCAUGACACCAACGGGGACAAUGUGCUCGACCUGCAGGAGUUUGAGAUGCUCGUCAUGGACGUCGGGGGAGGACAUGCUCAGGACCCGAACCGCUACCACGUCUCCAAGCUCUUCAUGCAGGCGCUACAGGAGAACAGCAAGCUGAAGGGAACUGACGACUCGGAGGACGCCAUGUGCCCAGAAGCCUUCGUCAAGGUGGCGAGAAGAGCCAGACUGGGGAUGUCUACCUCAAACUAG